AUGGAAAAAUGCAAAAACCAUUCUUAUCUAUCACUGUCUAUUCAUAUCUAUCUAUCUAUCUAUCUAUCUAUCUAUCUAUCUAUCUACGACAGUCUUUUCGUAUCUUUCUUUCUUUCUUUCUUUCUUUCUUUCUUUCCCAGGCUAUUUAUCUCUAUAUAUCUACCUAGAUACCUAGUCCCUGCAGUAUCUAUCUAUCUAUCUAUCUAUCUAUCUAUCUAUCUAUGUAUGUAUCUAUUAAUUUAUUUUAUUCCCUUUCUCCCUCUUCUUUCUAUCUAUCUAUCUAUCUAUCUAUCUAUCUAUCUAUUAGUUUCUUUUAUUCCCUCUCUCACUUCGUUUAUCUAUCUAUCUAUCUAUCUAUCUAUCUAUCUAUCUAUCUAUUUUAUUCCCUCUCUCCUCUUCAUUAUCUAUUCAUCUAUCUAUCUAUCUAUCUAUCUAUCUAUCUAUUAUUUCUUUUAUUCCCCUCUCUCACUUCGUGUAUCUAUCUAUCCAUUCAUCAAUUUAUUUUAUUCCCUCUUCUCAUCUAUCUAUCUAUCUAUCUAUCUAUCCAUCUAUCUAUCUAUUAGUUUCUUUUAUUCCCUCUCUCACUUCGUUUAUCUAUCUAUCUAUCUAUCUAUCUAUCUAUCUAUCUAUCUAUUUUAUUCCCUCUCUCCAUCUAUCUAUCUAUCUAUCUAUCUAUCUAUCUAUCUAUCUAUCUAUUAUUUCUUUUUUAUUCUUAUCUCACUUUCGUUUAUCUAUCAUUCAUUCAUCUAUCUAUCUAUCUAUCUAUCUAUCUAUCUAUCUAUCUAUCUAUCUAUUAGUUUUUUUAUUCCCUCUCUCACUUUGUUUAUCUAUCUAUCUAUCUAUUUUGAAUAA